CCAUCCCCGGCUUGCUUUAUAUCGGGGUCGCCGCCAGUUCAUCAUCCAUCUCGCGAAUGAUUCAUGCAACCCCUCCCACGACCAUUCCGGCAGCAGACCAAGUAUCACACUGAGGGUUGUCUUGGGUGGACUGCUAUCGUCCAACCACCGUAGUCAUGGUUUACUCAACGCUGUCUCCUCCACUGGACCUGUCGCAUCAUUUCUCCUCGGUCACGAAGAGACGGGAGGCGAGCGAAACAAAGAGCCUGUAUAAGUAUUUUUUCAUCCCAGGCAUUGCCAACUUGGCUGGUGGCCUGCCAAAUGCGUCAUACUUCCCCUAUGAUACCCUCGAAGCUACCGUUGCCCAUCCUCAGCGAUUUCCCGCAACCCCCGACAAGGACCAGAUCAAGCCCCCCAGUGGCUCCCCUUCAACCGAGCGCAGAAUUGUCCCGAAAGAAAGCCCGACCACCAACCUCCUAAAGAAAAUCGAUCUUACCACAGCCCUUCAAUAUGGAACAGCUGAAGGCCUCCCCGUCAUGGCCGAUUUCAUCCGCCAGUUUACCCGCAACCACCUUCAUCCGAAUGUCCCCUAUGCCGGCGGCCCUAGCACCCUCCUCACAUGCGGUGCGACCGACGGAUUCUCCAAGGCCAUUGAAACCUUCACCAACCCUUGGGAUCCUCGUCGGGAUUGGAUCAGCCAACGCGAGGGCAUACUCUGCGAGGAAUUCGUUUAUAUGAAUGCAAUCCAAACCGUGAAGCCGCGGGGCCUCAACAUCGUUCCGGUAGCCAUAGACGCGCAGGGCAUGCUUGCGCAUGGUAAGGGAGGGUUGGCCGACGUGCUCGAGAACUGGGAUUUUAGAAAGGGCCGUCUUCCGCACCUGAUGUACACAAUCACUAUCGGCCAAAACCCGACGGGCGGGACUUUGUCGGUCGAGCGCAGGCGGGAGAUCUAUGCUCUCUGUCGGCAAUUUGACAUCAUCAUCAUAGAAGACGAUCCGUACUGGAACUUGCAGUAUCCGUCUGCAAGUGCUAUGGAGGCCGGAUUCCGAGGAUCAGAUGCCGUAGAUGUAAUCCCACGCAAUUACAACGCCCACGGCAGGUCCUCCGGGUACGAUUUCUUGGAUUCCUUGGUGCCAUCGUAUCUCUCCGUUGAUACAGACGGGCGCGUUGUGCGUCUCGACACCUUCUCGAAAACCAUAGCUCCUGGUUGUCGUUUAGGAUGGAUUACCGCCCAACCGGCUGUAAUCGAACGACUGACUCGUCUCACCGAGACAUCAACUCAGCAGCCGUCGGGAUUCGUACAGGCCAUGGUGGCUGAACUAAUUGUGGGUCAGCAAUCCGAGGAUGGCCAGAAUGCCGCAGGCGCAAGUAAGAAUAAGUCUAGAAAGAGCGAACAAGCCUGGCAGAUGGACGGCUGGGUUCGCUGGCUGGAAGGUCUCCGUGCGGGAUACGAACAGCGCAUGCAGACAAUGUGCACUAUCCUCGAAGAGGGCAAGUAUCUCAUCGACUCCGAUAGCGCAUGGGACGAUGCACCACAACCUAUGGCGGACGAUGGGAGUGCUUGGGAAGUCCUGGAUAAGAUGCAGAUGUAUGAGUUCUCCUGGCCCACUGGUGGUAUGUUUGUGUGGGUCAAGGUCUGCAUUGAGACGCACCCCUUGCUGGAGAAGUAUGGCUCGGAGAGGCUGAUCCAAGCUUUGUGGCUGCAUUUGAUGCAAAAGCCGUAUCUGUGUCUUUCUGGUCCGGGGACCAUGUUUGCUCCUACACAGGAGCUUCUGGGUCGAGCGCAGGGAUAUUACAGGUUGUGCUUUGCAGCGAUGCCGGCCGAGGAUGUGUCGGGCAUUACCCGGAGGUUGGUGGAUGGAUUCCGUGCAUUUUGGCAACGAAAGAAUCUUGAUGGCUUGGAUGAUGAGGAAGUUGCCCUUACCUUUACCAAUUUCGCAAAAAUGGACCCGGCACUCGAAUUCCUACAGAAUACCGAUCUGGCGGAAGAGAUUGAAGCCAUCAAUGCCAUUUACGAACCGGACACCCUCACCAUCACGAACACCUCUACCUCUACCUCUACCUCAACCGGCCCCUCCACUCUCGACCUAGGGGGAUCCGGCUGUUCGGAUUCUUCCCCUCCUUCAACAACAAUAAAGCUCCAGCUCCCAGAACACCCUCACCUGUCUUUCCUCCUCGGCUUCAACUCAACAUAUCCCGACACCCCUCCCAAAAUCUUAGGAACAGCAUCCACGGCCUCCCGAGGAGAGGGCAAGCUCGCCGUCGAUGUACUAGAGGACAUUCUCAGCCGUACAUACCAACCGGGCGCGGUAUGUCUAUUCGACCUGAUCAAUGAAGCUGUCCAGGCGUUUACGGAGCUCAAUAUCGGCGGUAGCGCUACAGCCACAACCAACAACCAUGACACAACCUCCCACACCCAACCAGCCUCCGAAGACACAACCACCGAAAACGACAACUAUCAAUCGCUAACCACAGGAUCAACUACUCCCGACUACCAUAAUUUCAACCUCACCAGCCCACCAGCAUGGGUUCUCUCCGAUGUCAUCACGGAAAAGAAAUCCGUCUUCGUUGGGCGCGCCGCCUACGUCACGAGUCUGGAUCAGGCAAAGGCGUUUCUGGAUCAUCUGCUCGCAACCGAGAAGAAGGUCGCAUCCGCGACGCAUAAUAUCAGUGCGUGGAGGAUCCGCGAGGUGAAAUCAUCUACUUCUACUGCUGGCGGUAGUGGUAAUAAGAAUGGGGAAGCUACGGAGAUGAUUGUGCAGGAUUGCGAUGAUGAUGGGGAAACGGCUGCUGGAGGUCGACUACUGCAUUUAAUGCAAUUGAUGGAUGUUUGGGAUGUGGUGGUUGUGGUGACGAGGUGGUAUGGUGGUGUGUUGUUGGGGCCGGAUCGGUUUCGCAUUAUCAAUGCCGCGGGGAGGGAUGCGUUGGUGAAGGGCGGUUUCGUGAAAGAAAAGACGUCUGGGGAGAAGGGGAAGAAGAAGGGAAAGAAAUGAUUGAUGCAUGGUUGGUGAGAAUGCGUGCUAUGGUUUGUGAUCUGGGUACGUAGUAUGGUUUGAGCCACCUACGUGGUGUAUUCUCAUUGCCAGAAGCAUGAUGGUCCGCGGAGGUUGUUGAGGGAUCAAUGACUCCUUGGACGGUCCUGCAUGCGUCCAGUUUGUGAUGCGCGCUAUUGAUGAGUCCUAUGGUCUGAGCCGAUCGAUUCCCUUUGUAUAGCGAUGGCCUGCGUACUCGUACAUCUGGGCUUGUGGCUCGCAGUUGCGGGGUUGGCGUCUUCGCAAAUGGGAUAUUUGGAUUUACUGCGUAUGUAUGAUAAAGGCGAGCUAGCCAUGAGCUCUAAUGACUAUUGAUAGAGGAGAUGUCACCUGGAAGGAUGUAAAGAUGAAAGACCUUCCAGGUGAAAGAGCUGGGAGAACUAGCUACCGUCUUCGAAAAGAAGCUAUCUAUAUUAGAGAGAACUAU